AUACCCUAUUCAGACAUAAUUCGUGGAAAAUGAAGUGGUCAAGUGACGAAGCGCACAUAUCCUUCAUAACACAUUGUUCCUGCCUAGAGUCUGGUCUGAGAGUUUAGCUGCCAAGAAUGCCCCCCCCCCCCCCACUUCUCCCUCCGCCUUUGUUAAGGAAUGUGUCAUUUUUCGCUCGCUGUCACUUCCAGCAGGCGUGAGCCGAUUGUUUAUUUAUUUAUUUCCAUUUGCUUGAAUUAGAUUUUGUUUACAUUGAAAACUCUCUGCCAAACACAACUUUGUAAGAAAAGGAUUGUUGUUCAUAGCUGAACCUCUGAUCACCUUUUAAUUCGACUUCCAUUUCAAGAGAUAAUAGGGCAAGAUGUCUAGUUUGCCGGAGGAGUCUUUAAGAGAUACAAUGGAUUCUGCUAGAGAAUACGUUACCAGGUUGGAGGAAUUGGUGAAAUCAGUUGAGGCAGCUGAGCACCAGGUUGAGUCUAGUGCGUCUCAAAGUACCAAUGAAGUGGUUAAGACAUUCAAUCAGCUGUCAGAUUCCAUUCUGGAUGUUUUAAAUAAGCGAAAAGAGUCAUUGCUUUCUGAAAUUUCUACAAUACGUCAAGAUGGACUUGCUCCUCUUCGGGCAUGUCGAGAUGUAAUUGCUUCAAAACUUGCCAAUACCAAAACUUAUAUCGCUGAGGGAGGGGAUAUCCUAAGGAUUGGUGGUAUGGCAGUCUCAGAAAGCACUGAAAAGUUUUGUGAGAAGGCAUCUUUUCUUGGAAGUUUGCCUGCUGUACCACAGUUAGAAGAGGUUCCUUAUGUCUCAUUUCAAUGUAAUGUUGUUGGCAUUGAGGAUCAAAUUGGAAAAAGUGUUCAGUCACUUGGAAGAGUUUCAAGGAUGGGUCCAGUGCAAAUAACACAAAUGGAUGAAAAACCAGGAGCGUUACUUGUCCACUGGGAAGAAAUUGACUUUGAACACUCAGUAGAUAUCCACGCCUUUCGCCUGCAAUAUGCCUAUGGAGAUAUUCGCAACCAACCUCAUUUAAUGGAUACUAAUUUUCAUGAUGUGUAUGAAGGACCUGAUACACAGUAUCUUGUUAGAGACUUACGUCCUUCUUCUACUUACACAUUUAGGGUAAGUUGCCUGGUGGAAGGCGAAUCUGACUGGAGUGCCUGGAGUUUGCCAAGAGUUGGUAGUAGCAACAUUACCCCUUUCAGCUGGACUCAAAAUAAUCCAAACUAUUCUGUUACUAAUGAGGGUAAAAUUGCGUGUAAGAUUUCAAAUGAAUCUUCCAUGCUAUGUUCUUGCUCAGCCCAGUUUGGACCUGGACACUGUAUUGAAUUCACUGUGUUAGAAUGUGGGAACAAGGGUGUGGAACAAGGCUUGGUUUUAUGCAGUGGACCAAUCAAAGAUGGAAGUCUAAUGCAACCUGGAAUGUUGUUCUUAAAUGCUGAAGGAAGUAUAUUUGUAGAUGGAGUUGAAAAAAUGAUGAAAUUGCCCCCAUUGAAAGUUGGUGCCAAAGUAUGUUUCCUUUGUGAGCUUAUCCGUGAAGACAAGCUGCGAAUGCAUAUUGGGACAGCAGACAAAACUGUGAUAUAUGAUUGGACUCCUGUCUGUGUAGCAAAUGAAACAACACCUCCCAAGUUGUAUUUUGCAAUCAGUUUUCAGUCUAAAGGAUGGAAAAUCCUUGUUGAAUAAUGCAGUGUUUUUAUUAUGUAAUGAUUGUAAUUGUUUCUUAGUAUAAUUGUCUACAUUUGAUUCACAAAAAGUGUUAUUUGUUAGUGAUAUGUUUAAAUUCAGUUCUUCCUAUUAGCUACAAUCAGGAAACUUUACCAAUAUUUGUUUCUUUUAAUUUUUUAAUGUAGUCUGAAGCAGUAUCUCUGUUGCCUGUAAUAUUACUCUUUACUUCUCUUCUCUGUGUCUUGUGAUAAAUAAUUGUAACGAGAGUUAUUCCUCAGAUUAUUUUUGUAACUUAUGAGAGCAAUAAAUCAAAAACAAUGUUAAUCAAAGAAAAGAA